UCAUCUCCGCUCGGCGUCUCUUCGGGGCACGGAGAAGCGGUUGCUAACUUUGGUAUCCGAGAGCAGCCAUGACUUACAGGAUGUGGUGGAUCAGCCUCCUAGCCCUGCUGCUCCCGGCAGUGAAGGCCAGCGUGUACCCAGAGGAGGCGCUGGAUUCCCAGUGGGAGCUAUGGAAGAAAACCUACCACAAACAGUACAACGGCAAGAUGGACGAGCUCUCGCGGCGGCUGAUCUGGGAGAAGAACCUCAAGUACAUCACCACCCACAACCUGGAGUUCUCUCUGGGCACCCACACCUACGAACUGGCCAUGAACCACCUGGGGGACAUGACCAGCGAGGAGGUGGUGCAGAAGAUGACGGGGCUGAAGGUCCCUCCGUCGCGUGGGCCCAGCAAUGACACGGUCUACGUUCCCGACUGGGAGGAGAAGGUGCCGGACUCGGUGGACUGGAGGAAGAAGGGCUACGUGACGCCCGUGAAGAACCAGGGUCAGUGCGGCUCUUGCUGGGCUUUCAGCUCCGUCGGGGCCCUGGAGGGGCAGCUCAAGCGGCAGACGGGGAAGCUGUUGGGUCUCAGCCCGCAGAACCUGGUCGACUGCGUGACCAACAACGACGGCUGCGGGGGCGGCUACAUGACCAACGCCUUCGAGUACGUGAAGGAGAACAGGGGCAUCGACUCGGAGGACUCUUACCCCUACAUCGGCCAGGAUGAAAGCUGCAUGUACAGCCCUACCGGAAAAGCCGCCAAGUGUCGCGGGUACAAGGAAAUCCCAGAAGGGAAUGAGAAGGCCUUGAAGAGAGCUGUGGCCAGGGUGGGGCCUGUAUCUGUGGGCAUUGAUGCCAGCCUGUCGUCCUUCCAGUUCUACAGCAGAGGUGUGUACUACGAUGAAAGCUGCAACGCUGAGAACAUCAACCACGCGGUGCUGGCUGUGGGAUACGGCACCCAGAAGGGCAGCAAACACUGGAUCAUCAAGAACAGCUGGGGAGAGGGAUGGGGCAACAAGGGUUAUAUCCUGAUGGCCCGGAACAUGAACAACGCCUGCGGCAUCGCCAACCUGGCCAGCUUCCCCAAGAUGUGAGCCCGUCGCCCCGAGCACUGUUCCAAAGAAGCGGCUGGAUUCCUGAGCUGGCAUCGUGGAGUAUCCGCAUCUCUGACUCAGCGUCCGCGGCUGUCUCCUCCUCGGCUUCUGUACUAGCCUUUCCUGCUUGCCAUUUUUUAUACUCUGCCCUUCUCCUCUUGAUUUGCAGUCAGACGCGGGAUCGUCCCUAUUCUAGGAGCCUCUUCCCCUCUUUCUCUUCCCCCCCC